AUGUCUUCUCUUGAUAGGAAUGAUAUCAACCUGAUUAUUGGAAAUGAAUGGGAUUAUUUUCAUCAUUCGGCUAUUGGCAUUUCGGGUGGAAUUUUGGUGAUGUGGAAAAAUAAUUUAGCUUCCUUUGAAGUCAUUGAACAUUCUUCCCAAUUGAUUAUGGGAACUCUCAACAUCAAUGCUUUGGGAAAGUGGAACAUAGCGACUGUCUAUGGAGGUAAGGAUGCUCAAACCCGUAGAAGUCUUUGGCAAAAGCUUGAAGGUUGUAUGAUUGGUGAUGAACCAGGAAUUAUAGGGGGAGAUUUCAAUUGCAUCCUCUCUAAGAAAGAUAAGAAGGGUGGGAAGAUGUUCCAUUUCUUUAAUGGUUCUAAAGAUAUGAAUAUGUUUUUGAUGAAUAAGGACUUCCAUGAUAUUGUCCACUUGGAACAUACUUUAAAAGCAUGGAGAAAAUCUAAUUUUGGUACUAGUGCUGAAAUCCUUCAAAGAAAGUUGAGAAGAACAUUAAAAGCUCUCUAUUUUUGGAAUAAGAACAAGUGCAAAGAACUGAAUUUGUUGAAACUUGAGUUGAAGAAGGAUAUAUUACAGCUGCAGUUUGAAGAAUCCAGUGCUGGAGGUCUUACGGCUAAAAAUCUGAAACUUUUGAGAAACAAAGUCCAUGAUCUUAAUGUGACUUUGGGAAGACUAUCUACUUGGUGGAAUCAAAGAGCAAAAAUCAGAUGGAAGCAAGAUGGAGAUAUAAAUUCCACUUAUUUUCAUCAAUAUGCUUCGGCCAAGAGGAAUGGGAAUAUGAUUUGGCAAAUCAAAUAUGAGAUUGGGACUGUUGUUGAAGAUUUUGAGCAAAUUGAAACUAUUUUUUACAAGUUUUUUCAGAAAAAGUGGACAGCAAGAGAGUGCAAGCUGACAGGAUGGCCUUCAUUUCCUAAAAAUAUGAGAAUUUCUCAUGAAGAUGCAAACCCGUUGAAUGUGGAUUUCACUAAAGAAGAACUGAUCAAGGCUAUCUUCAAUCAAGGUAACAACAAAUCCCCUGGUUUAUAUGGCAUCACAACUUCUUUUUUCAAAUUUUAUUGGAAGAUUGUGGAGGAGGAUACAUGGAAGGCUAUUGAUAGCUUUUUUAAAACUGGUAUUAUGCAUAAUGAGUGA